UAGGCUAGCAGGUCGCUUCAUUAUAAUAUAUUGAAACGCAAUCUUAUUGAGAGAACAUGAACGUGUUAAAAUGGCGUCUAUCGCAAAAGAUAUCGGUGAAAUUUGGAGCAGACUUUUCGAUCACCGGCCAUUCGUCCAAGGGGAAAUAAUAUAUUUCGUACGAGAAUUUCAGGAAAAAAGGGGCGAUAGGGAGGUAGAACGUCUCUUUAAGAUUCUUGAGUAUUCUACAGAACUUGGACAAAGUCAAUUGGAUCGAAGCGAACAACUUGGGGAUUGUCAUUUGCCUAGUCUCAAAGCUAACACCGAUGUUGCUCUUAGUAUGUGCGAACGUGUACUUCAAAGGGGAGAGGAAUUUGAUACUGAAAGCAAGUUGCAAGUGAAGAGAGAGCUACGUAAAGCAGAAUGGGAAAAGUUUAUUAAUGAUAUAAGCGACAAAUGUGUAAAAGUUGAUCAAACCUUUCAGGAAAAGGAAGAAGAGCUUAAAGAAUUUUAUGCUGAUUUGGAGAAAAAAUUGCAGAUUGUCCCCUGAAGUAUCAUAAAUUGUUCCUUGAUCAUUUAAGUUUAUUUGUGGUCACUUUACUCGUGUGUUAAAUACAUUUCUCUAAUUUACAGUGCGA